AUGAACGGUAACGGAAUAACAACGCUGAAAGGCGAUAAAAUUGGGCCAUGGAAACUGGGGUCGACUCUUGGUAUUGGUUCUACUGGAAAAGUUGUUAUGGCGUCGAAUGAGAGUACAGGCCAACAAGCAGCUGUUAAAAUCAUUUCCAAGUCGAUUUUCAACGCGCAAGGAUCUACUAUCAUAGGUGGCACGGACCCUGAUGUGCUUCCUUACGGCAUUGAACGUGAAAUCAUUAUCAUGAAGUUGCUAAACCACCCAAAUGUUCUCAGAUUGUACGAUGUUUGGGAGACUUCGAAGGAUUUGUAUAUGGUUUUGGAGUACGUUGAAAAGGGGGAGUUGUUCAAUUUGCUCGUUGAAAGGGGCCCAUUGCCAGAAAAUGAAGCUGUUAGAUUUUUCAGACAGAUCAUUAUUGGUAUCUCUUAUUGUCACGCGUUGGGUAUUGUACAUCGUGACUUGAAACCGGAAAAUCUGCUUUUAGAUCACAAGUACAAUGUCAAGUUGGCAGAUUUCGGAAUGGCCGCACUAGAGUCCAAGGACAAGCUUCUAGAGACAAGUUGUGGGUCACCUCAUUAUGCUGCGCCAGAAAUUGUUUCUGGAUUGCCAUACCAUGGUUUCGAGUCCGAUGUUUGGUCAUGCGGUGUCAUUCUUUACGCGUUGUUGACAGGUAGAUUACCUUUUGAUGAAGAAGAUGGAAACAUUAGAAACCUUUUACUCAAGGUACAGAGUGGUAAAUACGAAAUGCCUGGAGACGACGAAAUAUCUCACGAAGCUCAAGAUUUAAUUGCAAAGAUCUUGACUGUGGAUCCAGAACAAAGAAUUAAAACAAGAGAAAUACUAAAACAUCCACUUCUCAAAAAAUACCCAAGCAUCAAGGAUUCUAAGUCCAUCAGAAACUUGCCUCGCGAAGAUACCUACUUAAACCCACUAUCCCUGGAAGGAGGUAACGAACGCGUCGACGAAAACAUUCUACAAAAUCUAGUCGUAUUAUGGCACGGCAGGAACAAAGACGAGAUCACUGCUAAGUUAAAGGAACCCGGUCCAAACCUAGAAAAAACGUUUUACGCCCUGCUACAUAGAUUCAAACAUGACAAUUAUCAAGAACAACUGAAACAACAAGAACUUCAAAAGAAAUCAUCCAUAUCCUCAAACUCCCUUAUGUAUGUUGGUUACUCUCCAUCUCCGAAUAAACUGGGCUCACCAGUUUCUACUCCAAAGAAAAAGAGAUCCUCAAUCAUAGUGGCUUCCUCGUCUCAUAAGAGACCAGUGUCUAUUCAAAAGCUAAGCAGUCAGAAUAGUUCGCCUGUAAAAAAUGGUUCCAUUGGUAAAAGGUUGAGUAAAUCAUUCUCUUCAAACAAAAGAAUUUCGGUAUUGGUGUCUAACUCAUCUUCUCCAACGCCUUCCUCUCACAAGAGAAUUUCAAGGCUAAAUGAUGGAUCAGCACCACCCGUUCCUAAAGAGAUGUUACGUGAUUACAAGCGGCAAUCUAAAAGGCAAUCUAAGAGAUUCUCUCUAUUGCCUAAUAUGAAGCGUGGGUCUAUAACUACCAAGCUAAUAGCCACAUAUGCAAAACUCUCGGAGGAUAACGAAUGGGAAUAUAUUGAAAAGGAAACAAAGAGAACUAGUCAAGACUUUGCUACGCUGAUGGAUGAGAUCUUUGAACAUGAAAAGUACGAGCAGAUAAGGAAAGAAAAGGAAGAAUUGGAAAGAAAGGUUAGAGAACAGCGUGAAAGAGAAGAGCGCGAACAAAGAGAGCGCGAACGUGCUGAACUUGAAGAACAACAGAGAAGAAGAGAAGAAGAACUAUCGAGAGCUCAGAGACAGCAAGAACUUCAAGAGCAAAUGGAACAAGAAAUCAUUAAACUCAAAGCUGAAUAUGGGGCAACGGAAAGAAAGAAGCCAAAUAAUAGGUCAUCUUCUGCUCCAAUGGAAAGUAAUGGUGACGCUCGUAAGAGGGAUAGCACUUUUGAGGUUAAAAAUGACAUAAAAAAUCUAAUUAACACUCGUAACUUCUCAUUGCAAACCAGACCAGUCUCUAGAUUAGAUCCUGGUAUUUUGGCAAAUGAAAACAGAAUGUCUAAUCGUAUUGAUGAAGAAGAUAUUUCCAAGGAACAAACUAUUCUUGAAACGAUCAGAAGGUCUAAAUUCCUCGGUUCUCAGUUUAAUUUAAACGUCGAACUUGAAAAGGCUAAGAAAGAGCUAAAGGCAAGGGAAAGACAAGAACAAAUCCGGAAAUACUCUGAACAAAACGAACAACCUUAUGAAAUUCAAGAAUUGCCUAGAAAUGCCAAAGGAGUUGCCACUCUUAGAGAUGAUGAAGCCGAGCCUAGAAAACUGUCGGAGGUUAAGGUGCCUCAAUUCACUAGAAGGUCGAAGCACUUCUCAGCAUCUAAUAAAAGAUUUUCUGUCCUCUCAAUGUAUUCAACUAAAAAUUCUUUCACCAAUCUUGUGGAUCACUUGAAGAACGAUGCCUAUCUGGAAAGUACACUACCAGAUGUACAUGAAUACCCAACUUCAAAUGGUAACCAAGAACCUGAAUUUAUGUUUGAGGCGGUUGAGGAACAAGAAGAGCCAUCCAAACUUUAUGAAAUUUCGGAAAAUGACAACCUAUUACGUAGUUCUGAAAAUGAUACAAAGUCUGACACUCCUAAGGAGAUCAGCAAUCCAAAGCCAAAGGACGUUAACCUCCCAUCGCUGCCGCCUUUGCAAAAUAGCCAUAACAGAUUAGACGAAGAUGGUGCUAUGGGAUUGGGUAUUUAUCAAACUAACGAAGACUCUGAAAAGUCACCAAAACCAGAUCUCGAUGAUGAACAAGUGGAUGAGAACACAAAACGUGAAACAGUACAAGAAGAACGCAAGAAGCAGGAGUUGAAAGAGAAUAAGGCGCCUUUGAAUGAUGUUAUGAAGAAGAAUAAUGAACGCAAGCCACUGGAAGAAAUAACUCCUAAGGUUCAAAAUAAACGUAAGAUCUCAUUCUUUAGAAAGUUCUCUCAAGGAGCAGAAAAGAAGGUUGGUCCAGCUAAUUUCGACUGUGAACUAAAGGCUAGUGUCUCUGCUCCAAAAAUGUUCAAAGCCCUUGAUAGACUGUUGAAGGAGUGGACAGACUAUGGCCUGAAGCAGGUAAAAUCAGUACCUAGCCAAUCGGUAAUAUAUGGGAAGCUAACAAGUGACAACAUAUUAUCAUUGAGAUCCACAGGAUUUAUGAUUGCUAUUAGCGAAGGCGAAGGUAACGGUUCAGUAAUCCGAUUUACUAAAAAGACAGGUUCAACCAAGACGUUUAAUAGACUAGUGAAUGAGAUUGAAAAGAUUCUGGAAAAAGAGAAGGUUCUAAUAUUCUCUUCGUGA